AUGGACUUCAUCCUCAAUUUCCCUGAAAUGAGUCGUCGGGCGCCUGCAGGGGUUCUCUGGUUACUGCUUUUCGCGUCAGGAAUGAUAAUUUGGAGUGGAGGAUAUGCAUUUCAGAAGUGGACGAGCCGGCAUUCGUUGCAAGAACUAGAGGACUACAUUGAAUUCAAAAGAGACCGCAUAUACCUAAGCCCUCUGUUCAUUUACAUCUUCCGUGGAAUGUAUUUCUGGCAGUCCUACCGUUACUGGCUGAUUGGAACUCUAUCCAAUGCGCCCUCAGUCACAACUAUCCUGGCUGGAGCGUACACGACGUUCCAGAGCCUUGGUUGUCUGGUGGCCUGGCGUCUGGGGGCCAUGGAAAAGCCGACAACGCCCCAGUUCGCAGUAGAUUGGAUUGCAUGCAUGGUUGCUCUCGUUGUCGCAAUUCCUUGUGAUUUAUCGGUCACGCCCACCAGUACUGUGAGCGGCGAGCGCGCUGAGAUCAAACUUGAUGAGCUUGAGCGCGCGGAGAGCAAUGAUCAAGGUCGAACGAUGCAGAGUUUGGAGAUAGAUGAUAAAUCGGACUGA